AUGAAACUGCCGAGUCUCGUGGCAUAUGCGCUGUCUCUGUCGCUCACGGCGGCGAAAGUCAUUCCUGAUGACGCGCCGGAUCCGAAUGGCAGUGCCGUGCAGCGCCAUCUCAUGGCUCGAUCGGCCAUGAUCACGAUAGAAAAGAGGCAGCGACAAGACCACGAGUUCCGCCAGAAUCUGUCUGCUGUUGCUCGACAGGCGGAUGUCAUCGUCCAGGCGAUCCGCCAGGAGGAGAUUGAUGACUAUUGGCGGCAGUAUGGCACGUUCGAGCAUCCAGAGGACGAGCGUUUCGCCGGGGAGAUGUUCCCUCUGGCACGGCCAUACAUCAAUGCCACUAAGCUUUGGCAGAUUGUGAAGCGCAUGCCCAAGGGCGCGCUGCUACAUGCACACUUGUCGGCCAUGCUGCCGUAUGAAAAUGCCACUGUUGCUUUCGCGCAUGUCAACACGACGAUAGACACCUCGGUUGAAACGAUCUCCUCGGCAGACUACGUUCCCAACACCCAGGUCUCGGUUCAGAUAGCCGCCGACCAGUUCCCCGGUGGCCGUCAAGGCUUCAUAGAUUUUAUGAAGUCCAAGCUGACUAUCCUUCCGGAGGAUUCGAUUCGCCAUGAGCUGGGUGUGGACGAGAUCUGGAGACGAUUCCAAGCGUGCUUUGGUCCCGCGGAUACCAUGCUAAACUAUGAACCUAUUGUGAGGACGUUCUACCAGAAGCUGUUUGAACGCUUAGCCGACGAUGGCAUCAACUGGGUGGAAAUCCGCAGCGGCGGAUCAAGCGGUAAACUGGUCCAUACCGGCCAGGAGGACACCGAUCCCGAUCUCGAUGUCUGGUGGGAUGUGAUGAUUGACGAGAUUGAGAAGUUCCAGGCUACCGACAAGGGGAAGAAUUUCUGGGGUGCCCGCGUCAUCUGGUCAGACACUCGAAGCAAGAACCGGGAGAAGAUCACUAAGAGCAUGAAGAUUGCCCUUGAGCGCAAGCAAAAGUUUCCCGAGCUGUUCAGCGGUUACGAUCUGGUCGCACAGGAGGAUCUGGGUCGUCCGCUGUCUGACCUAGCCCCCGAGCUGAUCUGGUUCCGGGAGCAGACGGAGUACCUGAAUCUCACUAUCCCCUUCUUCUUCCACGCCGGAGAGACCCUCGGUGACGGCAACUCGACCGACUACAACUUGGUGGAUGCCGUUCUCUUCAACUCCCGCCGCAUCGGUCAUGGUUUCUCCUUGUACAAGCACCCCACGCUCAUCGAGGAGGUGAUUGAAAAGGCAGUUAUGGUCGAAGUGUGCCCAAUCUCCAACGAAGUGUUGCGUCUGGCGACGGAUAUCCUCCACCAUCCUCUCCCCGCGAUGAUUGCUCAUGGUGUCCCCACCGCCAUCAGCAACGACGACCCGGCCAUUCUCGGACAGGAUAUCGCAGGUCUGAGCUAUGAUUUUUAUCAAACCAUCCAAGGGUUCGAUAACAUUGGACUCGCUGGACUGGGAGCUCUGGCGCAGAACAGUCUUCGCUGGUCCAACUUUGAGGACCAGUCCGAUGCUGACUGGCUUCGAGACAUUGACCUGGCCGCACGAGGCGAUGGUAUCAAAGCCCAGCGCAUCCAAUACUGGAAUCAGCAGUGGGAGGAGUUUUGCCAAUGGAUCGUGUCCGAGUAUGGUGAUCAGUAUCCGCCCGCCCAGGUCGCCGCGGUCGCCCACUAG